AUACAGUCAACUUCUUAGGGAUCAGUAUUGUUGGCCAGAGCAACAAGGGAGGCGAUGGAGGUAUAUAUGUCGGCUCCAUUAUGAAAGGGGGGGCUGUUGCCCAGGAUGGCCGUGUAGAGCCAGGAGACAUGAUUCUUGAAGUGAACGGCAUCAGCUUUGAGAACAUGAGCAAUGAUGAUGCCGUGAAAACUCUCAGAGAAGCAGUGCAGAAACCAGGUCCAAUCGUUUUGGUGGUUGCCAAGUGUUGGGACCCGAACCCAAAAGGCUACUUCACAGUGCCACGCCAAGAACCAGUACGUCCCAUAGAUCCUUCAGCCUGGGUUGCUCACACCACGGCCAUGCGGGAACAGUACAUGGGCCGCCCUGGACCCAACGCCCCUUCCAUUAGUAACAUGACCUCAACCACAUCAUCCUCACUGACCAGCUCCAUACCAGAGUCAGAACGUGGUUUCGACGACUUGAAUCUAACCAUCAGCACCGAUAUGGCUACAGUAGUAAAAGCGAUGGCUCAGCCAGACUCCGGGCUGGAGAUCAGAGACAGGAUGUGGCUAAAGAUUACCAUAGCUAAUGCAUUUAUUGGUGCUGAUCUGGUGGACUGGUUGUUCACACACGUAGAAGGGUUUGCUGACAGACGAGACGCCCGUAAGUACGCCUGCCACCUGCUGAAGGCUGGCUACAUCCGCCACACGGUCAACAAGCUGACCUUCUCGGAGCAGUGCUACUACAUCUUCGGCGACUAUUAUGGAGGUCCUCCAAUAUACCCAGACCUGGCAUCCCUGAACCUAGAAGAUGUGGACUCUGUAUCAGAGGCGGACCGCGACACCCUGGCACCCCUGCCCCCGCCCUCCUGGAACCUGCACUACAUCCCCGCGUAUGCACUCAACAGUGCCGACGCCGCCAGCUUUGUGGGCAGCUUUGUGGACGUGCCUCCUGGCAUCCCCUCACCUGCCGUCACUGGGGUGGCUAGUGUUCCUGGUGGUGCCAUUGGCGGUGGUGGCAGCGCAGGAAGUACCCACAGUGCUUCAGUUGUGACUAAAGAAUGUGCAUGUUUGGCCAGCACUUAUAACCAGCUGAAGAGGCUGUGGGAAAACAAAGAUAAGCAAUUUAUGCAGCAGCAGCAACAACCACUACCACAACCACCACCACAGUAUGCUAAAGUGUCCACAGGAUCCGGAGGCUGUGGUGACAGGGUGGGCAACAGUGACAUGCCUUACCUUGGAGGUCCUCCCGUCAGCCUCUUCCAUGAAUCCUCAUGCAUGUGGAGUUCCAAUUAUAGCUUAGGCAGUAGUGCUUCGGGGAGCAGCAAGAAGGAAAAGGACAAGUCUGGCGGGAAGUCGGGCGGCAGCGGCAGUGAUACGGAUGCCAGUUUAGCUAGCACUCGAUGGGUGGCACCUGCAACUGCUCCUGGAGCACCUGGAGCCCCACCGUUAACAAAUUUGGCUUCAGUGCCUCCAGAAGUUAGCGGCAGCCGACAGUCUUUCCGCAUGGCUAUGGGAAAUCCUUCUCUCAUUGAGGCCGAGGAUAUAGACUGA